AUGUCUGCGUUAGACAUGAGCGAUACCAUAGCCAGCCAGGCAGCCAUUCCCAUAUUGGUUGUAUCGGUGGGCUCUGUGAGCAAGGACAAGUACAAAAAGUAUUUUGACGUCAUCCAGGACUUCAAGCAAGCACGGCUGUCUGAAUUGAACUCCAUGUCAUCAACGAAUUAUCGUACGAACGAUGGAUUAGUAACCUUCAAAUAUCUUGAGAGUGUUCCG